AUGGCUGAGAAGGGUUUGGAGAUUUCGCCUGAUAAGACAAACUCCAUAGUAUUAGUUGGUAGAUCAUUUAAAAGCUUAGAAUCUAAUCCUAUAGACCCUACACCAGUGAUGCUUUCGGAUACUAUUAAAUAUCUGGGAGUUUUACUGGAUAAUCAAAAUACAUUUAAGAGUCAUAUUAAAUAUGUCACUGACAAGGCAUAUUUAUUCAUGAACAAGAUAUCUCGCGUUCUUCCAGCUACUUUUGGUCCUAAGUACAAAAACCGGCUACUUUAUUACUACGUUUGGAGAGCAAUAAUUUGCUAUGCGUCGACUGCAUGGAGCAAUAGAUUACACCGAGGAAAGAACAGGGCCACUUUGAUUGCUGCGCAGAGAUUUGCAUUAAUAAAGGUCACAUCGGCAUACCGCAUCGUGUCUAGGGAUUCGCUCUGCAUAAUUACAGGUAUGCCACCUAUUGAAAUUUAUCUUGAGGUUCUUAGGUGGUAUAGGGAAGAGCUUAAAAGAGAAGCUAAUACACUUACUUAUAGUGACGACCCUUGUGCUAUCAACUCACGAGCUACGAGGAAAAAGGCACUUAAAAUUAAGAUGCAAGAACAUCUGGAUGCAUUAUGGAACAACUACGUCUCCAUUUAA